AUGGCAUUACCUGAAAAAUCCCCUCAAAUUGUGAGCACAAUACCGUUCUCUUUCUCGGAUGUGCACUCAUCUUCGGACUCAAAGUUCCCUCUCGAGGCAGGUGGGCCAGCGAGACCCCGGAAUGCUGCUCCGACCACGAUCCCCAUCACAAGCUCCUUCACUGAACAUGAGAUAUUUCAAGCCUGGGAGAAGUGUGGAUCCACCGUACAAGACCAUUGCGACCAGAUGGUGAAGCGCUGGAAGGAGGAGAUUGAUAUGUUUUUGGUUUUCGCUGGUCUUUUCUCUGCAGUACUCACGGCGUUCAACGUCCACAGUCUCACGAUAUCCGGGACAUCCACCACCUUCUCCGCUCCGAAGUUUGACCCCUCGAAUUCUCCCGCUCCUCGCUAUGCAAUCUGGAUCAACACCGUCUGGUUUUCGUCGCUCAUCUGCACCCUUUCUGCAUCCUCCAUCGCCAUCAUGGUCAAACAAUGGCUACAGCAGUACGAACAAAGGCUCUCCGGAAAUUCUCGAGAUAUCGCUCGGCUUAGGCAGUAUCGAUACGAAUCUCUUCUCAAAUGGCGUGUCGUCGAGAUCAUAUGGAUACUCCCCGUUCUCCUCCAACUAUCUCUGUUCUUGUUCCUUGCUGGACUCCUCAUCCUUCUCUGGAACCUUCACCACGUAGUUGCUGGUGUCGCUACAUUCCUCGUUUCCUUGCUGGUCGUCUUCAGUUCAACAACCACCGUUAUUCCAACGUUCAAAGCCAACUGUUUCUACCAAUCACCACAAGCCUUCGGAGUUCUGCUCACCUUCCAAGCAUUACGCAAGCUUUUCCGUCGCGGAGGGCACGACGUUUUUCGUGACUGGAAUGCACGCGAGAAGGCCGAAGUCAACUUAGCACGCGACGAUCUCGACUGCGGUUUGGCAAUCAAGACUUACGAGAUCACCUUGGACGAAGGGAUGCUCAAGAGCGCCGUUAUUCCUUGCAUGUGGGAUAUCAGUACCGAUCAACUCUCCUCCCUCGUAGAAAACAUCCUUCGUACCUCAAAUCGCUUUGAGCCCGUCAUCCCGUGCAUCCUUCAUUUCUUCAUCCUUGCCUCCCGAGAUCCAGAGCCCAACCGACGAAUGGUCAGCAAGCUCUUGAAAGGGUCGUUCUGGCCCCGCUUCGAAGCCAACUCGGAGCUCGGCGAGCUCUUUCUUCGUGCCAUGGCCACUCUCGUGUCUCGGAACUUCGAGCGGGAGCUCGCUUUCUACCGGAUGACCUGCUCGCUGUCGUUCUAUCCCCUCGACUUGAGUCUCCGAGUCAAUCAAGAUACUAUAGACCACAUCCUCACCGUCCUCCCCCGCCCCGAAAACGGCACCCAGUUCACCGCCCUCACGCGCCCCGGGCCUGACGACCUCCCACUUGCAUACGCGUACCUGCUCGCCGUCCCGCGGCUCGUCCGCUUCCUCGCGCAGCUCCCCGUCGGCGCGGACCCGCACGCGCAAGUCCGCGUCCACAUGCACAUCGACGCCGUCUUCCACGCGCUCCAGUGCUUCCUCCUCCACGCCUCGCUCUCCGAGAACGUCGCCGCGCUCGCGACGACGCUCUGGGCGCUCCGCGCCGCGCGCCACCUCGAGCAGGUCGUCGCGCUCAAGACGGACGCGCGCUGCUCGCCGCUCGUCCCGCCCGACCUCGUCGAGCUCUACGCGGACGCGCUGGACGCGAUUCAGAGUGCGGUGCAGCGGAGCGGGACGGGCUUUGCGGCGUAUUUCGGGAGGCACAGGCCGGGGUUGGUGGGCGGCGGCCCGCGUGGGCUACGCGUUGAGCCGGCGGGCCUGGUCGAGUCGCUGAGGAGCGACUUGGGCGUGCUUAGGAGGCUGUUUUUCAUGGUACCGUGGCAGCUUGGCGCGCGGCGCGCGGCGACGAGUGCGUGUCUCCCGGUCGCCCCGCGGGUCGGUACUGAACUGAUGUCUUACAGGAUCUUCCAAUGCGCAGGUUGCAGGAUCGCCAUCCCCCACGCCUAUAGUGGUCCCUCCGUCGUCUCUCGGAGAAGACAGUGGUGCGUCUGGGAGGGGGCGUUCAGCCAGUCCACGAGGUGA